AUGGCCUCCGUGAUUGUCGUGGACAACGAGUUGAAGGACUCGCUCAAGGAGUACCGCCAGAUCAUCGACUCUGCUGCGCAGAACACGUCUUUCUCCGAAGUUUUGAAUCCGCUUCUUGAAGAUGCCCAGCUAGCCCAGAAACAAGAAAUCAUCGCAGCUCUCUACGCCCAUUCACAACCUGCCACACUCACCAAGUUGACCGACAAGGAGUUCGAGCCUGCGGUGUAUUUGUUGGUGCACAUCUUGUCGCAAUUGGGAGUUGACUUGGCUGACGAGAAGUCUGGCUUGUACGAAAUCAUUGUAGAGUCCAAUCCUCACACGCAACCUACCAUAAGAGACAGAAAGAGCAUCAAGUCUACGACCAUCUUGUCGAUCUUGAACACCUUGUUCAACUUAUUGCCUGAAACUUCGCAAACUCGUGCCCACAUAAUCGCCCAUAUUUUGACGAUUGUCGAAAAGUCAAAGCUUGACUUUGGCUUGGUCCAAAACUCCAUUGGCUUGCAUUUGGUGCAAUGGUUGAAGAGCUCAGGUACUUCCGAAGAACAGAUCAGAUCUACUUUCUGGCGUUUUAUCGCUUUGGACUCGACUUUUUCGGCCCAGACUCUUCAACUCAUCAAAUCUUUCACCCAAUCUUUCGCUGUCUCCGCAGGUGAGUUGACUCAGUUGAUCAAGUUUGCUUUAAGUUCAGAAGUAGUUGAUGUUUCGUUUUUAAUCAACAAUAACGUCGCUGCAUCCUUAGCCGCUAACAGCUCUGAUGCCUUGGUUGCUGCCUUCUCCAAGUACGUGAACGGUGACUUGGUGGAACUCUCGUCAGCCGACUUCGCUGACUUACCUGUAGCUGAAAUCAACGCCAAGUCCAGAAUCUUGUCGUUGUCCAAGUUCUUCUCCCAGCAGUCGUCUUCUGCUGAUCACAGUGACAUAGUGUUCAAGUACAGUGAGAUCCCUAAUGUAACUUCGUCGCAAGACUUCGAAAACUUGCUUGUCGGUGCCAUAAAAUCUGGCGUCGUAGUUGGUAAGUUGAACCAAGUGGAAGAAGUUUUCUACUUGUCUCGUGUCAACCGUUUCGUGUUGGCUGGUAAUGAUGCCGAAAACACUGCUGCCUGGAACAGCGUCAGAUCGACCUUACAAGAAUGGAGAGCAUCGUUGACCAACAUCAAUGAAAUCGUCAAGUCUUCCAGGGAAAACAUCGUCAACAACAACUCCAACUAGACUGCUAGCAUCUUUCGGUGUCUUAUAGAGACGACGAAACAUAAUCUAUAACUCUGUAUACUAAUAAAGCCAGUAUUAUCGUUC